UUAUAAAUUUAGCCGCAUUAUUUGUGUUAUACCGUAUGUUUAAACUUGCUUGAAACGUGGACUGUAAAGAAAGUGAAAAUAUUAUUUAAUGAUGACUGUAGAAAAGGAUGAAUGUAUUGAAUUAUUUCAACAAAUUGGUUUAAGUGAACAAAAAGCAAAAGAAACAUUGAAAAAUGCACAAGUUUCGAAAAAUCUUAAACUUGCUAUCACAGGGGCAAGAAAAUAUGUUGAUAUUACACCAGAGAUAGGUAUACUCUUGUAUCAUCUAUCUUCAAAAAUAAAAGCUCAGAUCGCUGACAAAAUACCAUUUUUAUCCAAGUUUAUAGCUGAAAGGAAAUUGGAUACGGUUCAAAGAUUAGAUGCUGCAUUAAAUUAUAUUCUUAGCAACUUGAAUGAAGAAAUCCAUAUUUCAGCCUUCGAAGAAGCCUGCGGAAUAGGAAUUGUUAUUUUACCAGAACAAAUUGAAGAGGAAGUUGAGGAGCUUAUUAAAAUUCAUAAGGAUGAAAUUUUGAAAAAAAGAUAUCGAUUUAAUCCUGGUCCAUUAAUGCAACAAGUACGUAAUACAUUAAAGUGGGCAGAUGGGAAAGCAAUAAAAAAUGAAUUUGAUAUUCAAAUUUUAAAUUUAUUAGGACCAAAGCAGAAUAGUGAUCUUGAAUCAGUACCGAAACAAACACAAUCAAAUAAAGUUAAAAAAACAGUAAAAGAAGAACAAAAAGAUACUUUGUCGACAAAUGAAAACCCAUUAACAAUAACAGAACUAAUGAAGACAAAAGUUCACUUUCAUAAACCUGGAGAAAAUUAUAAAACUGAGGGAUAUGUCGUAACACCUAAUACUAAUAAGUUAUUGCAAGAACAUUUGAAAAUAACUGAUGGUAAAGUAAGAACGAGAUUUCCACCAGAACCAAAUGGAAUUCUACAUAUUGGUCAUGCAAAAGCUAUUAACAUUAAUUUUGGAUAUGCUGCUGUGAACGACGGACUGUGCUAUUUACGUUAUGAUGAUACAAAUCCUGAGAAAGAGGAAGAAAAAUUCUUUAUUGGAAUUCGUGAAAUGGUAGAAUGGCUUGGUUAUAAGCCAGCGAAAGUUACACAUUCAUCUGAUUAUUUUAUGCAAUUAUAUAAUUGGGCUGUAGAGCUUAUAAAAAAAGGAUUCGCAUAUGUUUGUCACCAAUCAAAUAAAGACAUAAGAGGUUUUAAUCCACCACCAAGUCCAUGGCGCGAUCGUCCAAUCGAAGAAAAUCUACAACUAUUUGAAGAUAUGAAAGAUGGAUUAUUUGAAGAAGGUGAGGCAACAUUACGUAUGAAAGUUACUUUGGAAGAAGGCAAACAAGAUCCUGUAGCGUACAGAAUUAAAUAUUUACCACAUCAUAGAACUGGAGAUCAAUGGUGUAUUUAUCCUACUUAUGAUUUUACACAUUGUUUGUGCGAUAGUAUAGAAAAUAUAACGCACUCUCUUUGUACUAAAGAAUUUCAGUCACGUAGAUCAUCUUAUUAUUGGCUUUGUAAUACAUUAGACAUAUAUUGUCCUGUUCAAUGGGAAUAUGGUAGAUUAAAUGUAAACUACACUGUAGUUUCUAAAAGAAAAAUUGCUAAAUUAAUUGAAGAAGGAAUUGUUUGCGAUUGGGAUGAUCCAAGAUUGUUUACAUUAACAGCGUUACGUAGACGAGGAUUUCCAGCUGAAGCUAUAAAUAAUUUUUGUGCUCAAAUGGGUAUAACUGGAGCACAAGCAGUUGUUGAUCCAGCUAUUUUAGAAGCUGCAGUUAGAGAUGUUUUGAAUAUUACUGCUGUAAGACACAUGGUUGUAUUAGAUCCUAUUAAAGUGACUAUUAGCAAUUUUUCUCAUAGUCAGGCAUUAAAACUUUCGGUACCAAAUUUUCCUAAUGCACCCGAGAAAGGACAUCAUGAAAUAACUUUCGAUAAAAUUGUAUACAUUGAAGCAUCUGAUUUUAGAGAGGUAGAUGAAAAAAGUUUCCGACGUUUAACUCCGAAACAAUCAGUUGGUUUAAAGUAUGCAGGUGUAGUUCUUACUAUUGAAUCUAUAGAGAAAAGUGAUAAUGGAAAUAUUACAAAUCUUAUAGUCAAACAAGAGCCUGUUUCAGAGUCAAAUAAGCCUAAAGCAUUUAUACAUUGGGUAUCACAACCUACACUAGCAUCUAUAAGAUUAUACGAACGCCUAUUUAAACAUAAAAACCCAGAAGAUCCAAAUGAAGUACCGAAUGGUUUUUUGAGUGACAUUAAUCUGAAUAGUAAAAAAGAAAUCGUUGGUUAUUUAGACGCUAAUUUAGCAAAUGUAGUAAAACCUUUUGAUAAAUUUCAGUUUGAACGUGUAGGAUUCUUUUCUGUUGACCCCGACACAAAACAUGGCAAGGUCGUUUUUAAUAGAACAGUUACAUUAAAAGAAGACUCUGGCAAAAUUUAAAUAAAACACAAAUAUAAUAUCAAUAUUAUGCUUGUUUGUACCUUUAUAAAAUUUUAAAUAAAAGUAAUAAUAUAAAAUAUUUGAAUUAAUUGUUACUGGUUAAGAACUAUUGAUAAUUAUACAUAUUUUGCUAUGUAUACAUGUUCUAUAUUAUUUUGUUUUGUCAGUAACACUUGAUUAAAUAAAAUUAUUUGAUAUAUUAGUUCA